AUGUUUGAUGGUGGAGUACCGGAACAGAUCCACCACUUCAUAGCAUCUCCACAGCCACCUCCUCCGCUUCCGCCGCAUCAACCGGCGACUGAAAGAUCACUUCCUUUUCCUGUCUCAUUCGCUUCUCUUCACUCCAACCAUCAAUCACAGCAUAUCUCGAGCCUCCACAGCCCUAAGAUCAUUCACCAUCAUUAUCACCAUGGCAUCAAAGAUGAUGGUGUUACUUCUGAGUGGAUAGAUCAUACGGAUCAUGAUGGCGAGAAUCAUCGUCACUUUCAUCAUCAUCCUUGGUGUAGUGAUGAAGUUCUUGCUCUUCUUAGGUUCAGAUCUACGGUGGAGAAUUGGUUCCCUGAAUUUACUUGGGAGCUCACCUCAAGAAAGUUGGCAGAAGUUGGGUUUAAGAGGAGUCCACAAGAAUGCAAAGAGAAAUUCGAAGAAGAAGAGAGGAGAUAUUUUAAUAGUAACAACAACGCUAAUGAUCAUCACAUCAGCAAUUACAACAACAAAGGAAAUUAUAAUAGGAUAUUUAGUGAGGUUGAAGAGUUGUAUCAUCAUGGUCAUAAUGAUAAUGAGCAUGUCGUCUCAUCUGAAGUUGGGGAUAACCAAAACAAGAGGAACAAUUUGGUAGAGGGAAAAGGAACCGUUGAGGAAAUGGGACAAGACUUAUUGGAGGAGGACAAAAGGGACCAUCAGGAUCAGGGUCAAGUAGAAGAAUCAUCACUGGGGAAUAAAACAAACCCCGUUGAUAAUGUUAAUAACUUUGAAGAUGGUGCAAAGUCAUCAUCAUCAUCAAGCUUGAUGAUGAUCAUGAGAGACAAGAAGAAGAGGAAGAGGAAGAAAAAGAAGGAGAGGUUUGCUGUGUUGAAAGGGUUUUGUGAGGGACUUGUGAGGAACAUGAUAUCCCAACAAGAGGAGAUGCAUAAGAAGCUUCUUGAAGAUAUGGUGAAGAAGGAAGAAGAAAAAAUGGCUAGAGAGGAAGUUUGGAAGGAGAAAGAGAUGGAGAGGCUUAACAAAGAGGUAGAGAUUAGAGCAACCGAACAAGCUAUGGCUAGUGAUAGAAACACCAUCAUCAUCAAGUUCAUAUCCAAGUUCACAGACCAUGAUAACCAUGAUGAUGGGAAUUAUAAGGUCCAAAGCCUAAGCCCUUCUCAAGACUCAUCUUACUUAGUGCUACCAAAAACCCAAAGCAGAAGAAAGUGUCAAACCUCAUCAUCACUAUUACCUCAAACCCUAACUCCACAUAACCCUAUUUCACUUCAAACUAAUGACACACCACUUGAACCCAUUUCAACUAAAACCCUAAAAACCAAAACCCAAAACACAAAACCUACAAAAAGUGAUAUUGGCAAGAGAUGGCCUAGGGAUGAGGUGUUAGCUCUUAUCAACAUCAGACGCAGUAUCAGUAGCAUGAAUGAUGCUGAUCAUCAUAAAGAUGUGAUCUCAUUAUCAUCAUCAUCAUCAUCCUCAAAAUCUAUUCCUCUGUGGGAAAGAAUAUCAAAGAAAAUGUUGGAGAUUGGGUACAAGAGAAGUGCCAAGAGAUGCAAAGAGAAAUGGGAAAACAUCAAUAAAUAUUUUAAGAAGACAAAAGAUGUAACCAAGAAGAGACCACUUGACUCAAGGACUUGUCCUUAUUUUCACCAACUUACAGCUUUGUACAGCCAACCCUCCUCUGGGACCACCACCACCGCCACCGCCACCGCCACCUACACGUCACCCGUAGAGCUGGAAACCCGACCCGAGGAAAACGGGGUUGGAUCGGGAGAUCCAGUUGAUAUUCCUGUAGCCAUGCAUGUAGAUGCAUAUAGUGCCGGGGAAAAAAGCAGUGUAAAAUUUUCAGGUUUUGAUCUUGCGUUCGAAUAAACCUCAAUACAAUAAAAUGAUAAAUAUAUAAAUAUAUUACCAGUUUAAUUCCCUUUUCUUGUUUUUUUUUUCUUUUUGAAACCUCAUUUUUGGUUAUCAUGAAAA